AUGGUUUCUGGCAUUACUCCAAGCAGAAGUCGAGGGCUGGAGGUCCGGAGCUGUGCACCAGCACCAACAGCAGCAGCGGAGGCACCGGCUCCACCGCCGUCGGCAGGCAGCGGCGAGGGCGCAAGUGGCAACAGCACUACACAAGGAGCUGAGCAAGCGGGCGGCGGCGUAACACUGGCAUCGUCGUCGUCGUCGUCACUACCAGCAGCAGUGUCUCCCACUCCGCCCGCCGAAUCCUCAAAUGCCGCCGCCGCUAGCGGUGAGGCAAGGAAGUCCGAGCCGCAAACAUCAUCACCGCUGCUGCUGUACGGUCCCGACGGGGACGGCAGGCUACCCUCGGGCAAAUGGGCGGGUUACUUCAUCGUCAACUACGGCCGAGGCGUCGAGGUCAAGGUGGAAGAGACUUUCGUCCUCGAUUUCGGCUCCAGGUCCCCUCGAAGUCUUACUCCGCCACCGGCGGCGGCGGCACCAGUCGUAGCGGCAGCCACCGCGGGGGCUAAUGCCACAAGUGCAGUUAGCACUGCUGCGGCAACUCCCGUCGGCGCCAACACUCAGCAGCUUUCGGCCCAAGCUGUAGCUGCUACGGCCGGAGCGCCGGACGUAGCAAGUAGAGCGGUGGAGGUCGGCGGGAAUCAGGCCGCUCCGGUAGGAGCAGCAGCCACAGUACCACCUGCACCACCCCAGGUUCAGAUCGCCCCCGUGGUUCGAGUGAGCGGCCGGGGGCAAAACAAGUACGGCGAGUUCACCCUGACUGGCGGUCACGAACGGGCCACGGGGCGGCUUGACCUGACCCGCUUCUACUUCGAGAAGCCCAAGGAGAGAUCCACGGUGGCCUCCACCCGCGGAGAGAGAUCAAGCAGAGGCGUUUCGCACCAGAAGAAGAGACGGCCGCCGCCGCCGGGGGCCCCGCCACCCCAGCCGCCCGGUCCGUCCCUCGCCGAGCGCAGGACGAAGCGCACCCGAUGCCCGAACCAGCGCCUUGUGGACGAAGAGCAAAAUUCGCACGGUGGUCAGCAGUCCGAAUCGGCUGGGACCAGCGGCGGCAGCGGCGGCGGCGGCGGCGGGGGUUCUGGGUCAAGCAGACGAAAGAGCUCAAGCGCCGAUGUCACCAGCUUGUCGAUAUCAGUAAGCGGGAGCGGUUCCGGGGCAGCUGACACCCUGUCCACUGGAGCAUCCACCCCCAAGUCGCGCAAGCCUCGGGACCGAGAGCGCGACCUGUACAUGGAGCAGAGGCGGCGGGAGAAGAGGAAGGCCGAAGACGCGGCGGCGGCGGCUGGGAAGACGAGCGCGGCUGCCGCAAGCAGUGAAGCCGUGGUGCCCCCGGAGAGGGUGGCAGCGGAACUCGCGGCGAGGGCCCAGGCCGGGCGAGAGGUGCUGGCUGUGAUCGGCAACGCUAGCGAUGAUCCGGUAGAGAAGGAGGCAUUCGCGCACAUGGAGCUGGAACAAGCCAACCUGGAGGCGGAGGCGGCGGCGGCGGCGACGGCCGCGGCAGAAGCGACGGCUGCGGGGACCCAAGCCGUGGAGAAGGCAUCGGCGGAAAACAGUGGCUCGGGGAACGGCGGGGCUAGCGGCGGUUCGGGCGGCCGAGCAGGGCGCACCCCGGGGCGCUCGAGACGCCACUCGGCGGAGCGGUGGGAGGAGCUCACGCUAGACCGAGAGACGGGCGAGUACUACGAGGGCGGGUGGUAUCGCGGCCGGCGGCACGGCAAGGGGCUCUGUGUGUACGCCAACAAGCGGAUGUAUGAGGGGGACUGGCGGGCGGGCAAGGAGCACGGUGUGGGCAAGAUCCUGGGGCCCGACCGGGAGGUGAUCUACGAGGGGGACUUCGCGGACGGGAAGUUCUGCGGCAAGGGGCGGUAUACCGACGGGACCGGCGCGGUGUACGACGGCGAGUGGAAGGACAGCGCCAUGCACGGGCGCGGGGUCUACACGUUCCCCGUGUGCCCGGCCUCGAUGACCGCGACCGCUGUCGCUGCGUCGGCGGCGGCGGCGGCAGCGGCGAACGCCGCCGUCAAGAGCGGCGACGCCGCUGUCUCCGCGGGCCCGUUCGCGUUCGGCACGAUGUUUUAUGACGGCGAGUUCAAGGACAAUGCGCGCAGCGGCCGGGGCUUGCUGAUCUGGCCCGGCGGCAGCUACGACGGGGAGUGGCUGGACGACGCCAAGCACGGGCGCGGCGUCUUCCGGACCGACGACGGCUUCGUGUACGACGGGCAGUGGGCGAACGACCUCGCGGAGGGCCGCGGCAUGUGCAUCCACCCGGACGGCCAGCGGUACGAGGGGGUCUUCCGCGGCGGGAAGAAGGAGGGGCGCGGCACGCUGGCGUUCGCGAACGGCGCCUCCUACGAGGGCCGCUUCCGAGACGACGCCAUAGACGGGCAGGGGAUGCUGCAGAUCCCCAGGCCCGUGGAGGACGACAUGGGCGGCUGGAUGAUCCCCAUCCAGUUCCAGUCGGACAUAGAGCGCAUCCACGUCAAGGCCGGCUUUGACAAGGGCGGGCUUUGACGGGGGCGCCGCGUGCAGAGGGUGGGGGCGGGGACGGAGAGGAUCGUGUUUGUGGCCGAGCGAUCUACUAUGUGUUGAUUUGGUGUAGUUUGUACCGCUGGCUUAAAUUGUGGGUAAGAUUAAGAUUUGACGUGUAGGCAGAACUGCAUUUGGCGGCAUGUGCCGUGUACUGCUGGCGGUUGUCGUGCGUGAUAUUUAGAGUCGUAUUGGUGUGGCAUCGACGUGUGAUAGGCACUUUCGUAGUAGGAGGUUUCAUGGUGACUCGCGGGGCCCCGGUGCUUGCGGAGCUGAGGUAGCGUCGAGUCACCCUUGUAAUUUUUUCGUGUAUCCCGUGAAUACGUCUCUCGCCUCGUGUUGCCGUAGCUUGUAGGUUGUUUUUGGGACAUCUUCGGGCAACUGGUUGGCGCUGGGUCAUUCUCAGAUGUCGCGUCGUCGCUGGCUUGAGAGGAGCUGCUGUUUGUAAAUGCUUGUUUUUGCGGGGCACCGUGGGACCGCCUUGGCAGUGUAUGGGCUUCCCGACAGCGAACUCAUCGAGGUUGAGGCUCAGAUUUUCGGUGGUUGGAAAAUAUCUGUAAGCAAGAUGCGUGUAGACGUUGGAGUGCGCUCCUUGUGUGUGCUGUUUUGUUUGCGUGAAUUCUCGCUGGAAAGAUUGCCGUUUUCUGUUCCAACAAUACGUGGACAGAGAGAAGGAAACCGCCAUUUUCUGGGGUUUGGUACUGCGCU